GGGACUUUUUAAUCCCGCAAAAAGCCAGUCAACGCAGCGAAUUUUAAAGCCAACAAUUAAACCAUCAUCGAGAGAAUUGAAAAAAGUACUUUUACAUUUGUUGGGGCAAAGUGCGACCUUGCUUUCAAGUGUGACAUUCUAAUACCACCCGCAGGGCGGCAUUGGAGGAGAUUUGAAUCUGGUAGUGGUUGCAAGUUAUUCGCACGUGACGGCUGGAAGUCUCCAGUUAGCUGUCGAGAUGCUGCGGAUAAGUUUCCUUACGCUGUUAUUUGCGAGUCUGGUCUGUGGUGAAUGUCCUUCAGAUUGGUUUAUAAAUGGUCAAUAUUGUUAUCACUUCCAUGAUAUUACAUACUCAACUAGUGGCAUGAGCUGGAAUGACUCAAGGCUUGCAUGUCAGAGGUAUGGGGGUGACUUGGUAGUUAUCAAGGAUGCUGCAGAACAACAACUUAUUGCAAGAAGGAUGACCCUAGCUCAAAGGCGGCAGCAUUACUGGAUUGGACUGACAGAUGCUGCCCAAGAAGGAACAUUUGUGUGGAUUGAUGGGACGUCCUUAGCUGCAACUGGGAGUCACUGGAGGACUACUUCUGGAGAGCCAAACAACUGGGGUGGAAAUGAAGAUUGUGCUGAGCUAAAUAAUGAUGGCCUGUGGAAUGAUAACUCUUGUAGCAGAGAAUUUGCCUUCAUUUGUAAAAAAGACAAAGAUACCCCUAUUCCUCCAGCACCAACACUGCCUCCUCGUCCUUCUUCAAUGGAGAAAUGCAAGUUAACAGCUCUUGGUACAACGUAUAGAGGUACCAUGUCCACCACAAUAUCUGGUUACAUUUGCCAGAGGUGGGAUUCUCAGACGCCGCAUAAGCACGAUGAGAAUAAACCAGAGGAUGUUCCUAGUCUGGUUAAUAACUAUUGCAGAAAUCCGGACCAGGAGCCGCGUGGGCCCUGGUGUUAUACAACGAAUCCACAAAAAAGAUGGGAUUAUUGUGAUAUCAAGAUGUGCAACAGUGGGCCAAUCACAUGCGAAGCUGGGUGGCACGGAUUAAAUAACAGCUGCUAUCUGUUCCAAAAGGAAGGGAAAACAUGGGCAGAAGGGCGAGCAGAAUGUCAAUUACGAGGGGGAGACCUGGCCAUCGUCGACAGCCAAAGCGAGCACAACUUUCUCACCAAUUUCAUCCAAAGAGAUAACAUGGGCUACUGGAUUGGUCUUACAGACAAAAACACAGAAGGCAAUUUCUUUUGGGUCGAUGGCAGUCGGUUAAAUAACUCAGUCGCAUUUUGGGGCACAAAUGAGCCAAGCAAUGCUUUUGGCGGGGAAGAUUGUGUUGAAAUGUGGACGUGGUGGGACACGGGACGCUGGAAUGACAAUAAAUGUGCAAUAAACCGCCAUUUUAUUUGCGAAAAAGUUUCAGGCAAAUCGAUGUGUCCGGAAGACUGGGCUACCUACAAUGGAAUGUGUUACCAAAUAAACGCACAUCCCGAGCAAAAGAAGACUUGGCUCGAAGCAAAUGCAGCUUGUCAGGCAUUCGAAGGAGCAAAUUUAGUGAGCAUCCACGAUUCCGUGACUACGCGUCUCUUGACACAAGAAUUCCAUUCUGUUUUUACCCGUACUGGCUUCUUCUGGCAUGGGUUGAAUGAUAUCAACAGUGAGGGACAAUUUGAGUGGACGGACAAGACCAAGUUCGUCUACUCCAAUUGGGGCAGGAACGAGCAGAGGAAAAAUACUGUUGAUCUUGAUUGUGUCAAAAGUGAGCUUAGAACUGUUAAUGGGUUGUGGUCUUUGGCAAAUUGCAAUUCGACAUCCGAAAGAAAUUAUUAUGUUUGUGCAAGAAAGAGAGAAUAUGGCAGAUGCCACAGUCCCCUUGGUAUGGAAGACUUCAACAUAGCAGACGACCAAAUUACGGCUUCUUCCCAGAUGUCGCAAACCACUCCGGCAUCAUCUGGGCGAAGGAAUGCGGUAAAGGGAUUUGGACUCGAUGGUGCUUGGUGUGCAGGCACCAAUGAUAAGAGCCAAUGGCUUCGAGUCGAUCUUGGAGAGUAUUACACUGUGUCAUAUAUUGGCAUACAAGGCCAUCCUUCAACAAGUGCAUACGUUAAAACAUUCUUUAUCCAGUACAGCCCUGACGGUUUUCGAUGGAGUGUGUAUGGUUAUAACCCACCCAUGCAGCCUUACAAGGUGCUGCCAGGGAAUACUUUAAAUGACAGAUCUUACGGUGCCACUGCACAACUGAUGCCACCAAUUAAGGCCAGGCUUGUUGAAAUCCACCCGGUUGAAUGGUCAAGAUCAAUUUGCAUGAGAGUAGAGUUCUACGGAUGCCCUGCAGCUACUGAAUCUUCAAAGUGUGGCAGAGGCUGGUUGAACAACACAGCACUUAAUGCUUGCUACAAAAUUGGAACGACUCCCCUUUCAUGGGAAGCUGCGCGAGCCAAUUGUCUGCUAGAAAAUGGAGAUCUGUUGAGUAUCACGUCAUUUGAAGAAAGGUCUUUCAUACGAGAUCAGAUAUACCCUCUGCGAGCCAGGAUAUCCUCAAUAUGGCUGGGUCUCAAUAGCCGAGAUAGUAAAUAUAUCUUUUCUUGGAGUGACGGCUCGGGUUUUUCUACUGCGCACUGGUCUUCGGGCUAUCCUAUCACCUAUCGCGAUAGCUACUUUGCGAACACUUGUGUUGCCAUGCGAACAUAUUAUAACACAUGGUUAAACACUGAGUGUGCCAGCAGUAAGCCUUACAUGUGCAAAAGGAAAUUGAAAUCUUCCAAAUCGCCGAAAGACAAGUAUACAGGAAAUUGGAUCAGUACUACUGAUCAUUACUGGCCCCUAAAUGAUGUUGCCAAUAAUACUAUAGCUGGUACGAGAACGGGCAUUACAAAUGGAACUAUAACCGUGGUCGAUGCCACUUUGUAUCCGGCUGUCAAGCGUCAAGCAUUAUUAUUUGACGGACAGACGUCUCAUGCUAUGAUCAAAGGCUUCACUCAGACCUGCGUUAGUAACCCUGCCCGGUGUACAAACGGGGUAACAUUCUUGAUGAUGCUGUAUCUUGACCGUAGUUUGUCCUCCACUUCUGGAAAGAAGUAUCUCCUUGAUAUAAUGGGGCCUGGCCAAAACGAUGCUGCUGGUACGUAUGUGUAUGUUGAUAAUGGGCAGCUUGGCGUUUUCACGAGGAGUGCUUAUCACACUUGGCAUUCAAUAAUCAGUCCAACUCUUGGAAAGUGGUUUCAUUUUGCUUUUGUUUGGAACGAGGAGUCUGGUCUGUCGCUUUACCUCAACGGCAAAAAAAUGGUAACUGAUAAUGGAGGCACAACGAUAAGCAGUGUAAAUGUAGACCGAGUUUCUGACUUGUAUAUUGGAAAGGCAACGGGUCUGUCAACACCAGGCUUUGCGAAAUUCAAAAUUAUGUCGUUAGCAAUUCGAGAAGUAUCACUCUCACCAGAUCAAAUCAACAGCAUCUACACUGCAGAAAUGGGAGUAUGCUCAAUUGGCUGGAUGCCAUUCGGUGAAAAUUGCUAUCAGUUUAAUACGAACAAAACCAUAUACACUCUGGCAAAACAGGAUUGUGAACAGAAAGAGGGAAAAUUAGCAACAGUCUUGACUAGCGUGCAGCAAGCUUUCCUUUCCUUGUCAAUUGGUCCAUUUGGUACCAACAUAGAUUCUUACAUCGGCUUGAACUCAAGAACAAGACGGCGUUUCUUUGAAUGGGGUGAUACCAGCCCUGUCUUGUUCUCUUAUUGGUCCCAGAAUCGCCCAAGCAGCUACACUUGGAGACGAUAUGACACCGUUGUGAUGAAAACUGAUAGCUACGGAACAUGGAUGGACUUGAGCUACUACUACCCAAAAGCUUAUGUAUGUCAACGUAAGAAAGGUUUUCCCAAUGGAACGCAAACAGACCUUGGAGUAAUGACGAAGGUUACCAGUCAAUAUUCUACAUCAAAUUAUGGUUGUCCUUUCGGCACAAAGUUGAACAUAUUGACUGCUCAGUUUGGAAAGCCCCCAGCUUGCCUCUACCAAGAUGUAUUAGCAAAAGUGAAAAGCAUGUGCGCUGGAAAGCGAAGAUAUUGCUCGCUCUACGUCACAACAUCAAAUUUCAAUGAUACUUGCAGUGGAACGCGAAAGGAGCUUAAGACAACGUAUACCUGUACCAACGAUACCGAGCUUAACGGAUCAGAUGGGUGCGAUCGUUACUGGUCGUCUCAUCUAGGAAGCAACUACUGCUACAAGUUGAGCCAGCAGAAAAUGAUGUUUGCUGAUGCAGGGGCCUAUUGCAGAUCAAGGGGAGCAGAACUUGUGUCAAUCCAUUCAAAAACCGACGACUUGUUUUUGACAUCAUUGCUAAUUGAUUCAUUUGAACUGGGAAAUUUCUGGACGGGACUAAACGAUAUGAAAUUGCGAGGAAACUACGAGUGGACAGAUGGGUCACCUGUGAUAUAUACAAAUUGGUACAAUGGACAGCCGGAUGAUUCAACAAGGCGUGGAAGUUGUGUAAAAGCAACUCUCAACCAGGGCUAUCGAGGCUUUAUCACGUGGUCUGAUGAUAGCUGCGCAUCGUUGAAUCAGUUCGUUUGUAAAAAGCUGAAAGCGUCUGCAACUACACCGAAACCCGUCGUAACGCAAGUAAGCAACAGUUCUUGUCUUCCUGGUUGGUUCAAGUACAAGGGCAAUUGUUAUCAGUUCUCGAAGACAAACGCUACAUGGAGUCAGGCUAUUAGUAUCUGCAUGUUGCAGAAGGCAUCUCUUGCUACAAAAUCUAUUGAAGAGAACGAGGCUGUCUUCAAUUUCCUGGUGAAUUCUACCUUGGAUUCUGCCUGGAUUGGGUUACAGGAUAUGGGUGUUUUCAAAGGUCAGCAGUGGGCGGAUGGAUCGCCAGUAAAAUUCGUGCGUUGGGACUCUGGCCAGCCUGAUAGCAACAUGGGUCAACAGGCGUGCACUGUAAUGGCCAGUAAUGGUUUUUGGAGGGAUAAUAGCUGUAAUACAAAGCACCAUUACAUCUGCAAAGCUAGCGUCGGUAAAGCAACUAUCGUACCAACGACAGAACCACUAACACUACCAGUAACGCCAACAUCUAAUCUGAAUUACUGUCCCGCUGGAUGGGUAUGGUCGUCGAGUACAGGCAAUUGCUAUUAUUUCAGUAACAGAACUCAUUUCGCCACUUGGACGAUGGCCAGAUCAUUUUGUCGAGCACAGGGUGGUGAUUUAACUAGUAUUGAAUCAAGUACAGAACAGUCGUAUUUGGGACCGUUUUUACUGACUUUUACUCAAAGGCAAGCCUGGAUAGGUCUCAGUGAUAUGGGAGUUGAAUCCGGUUGGGAAUGGUCGGACGGAAAGCCAGCUAACUACUUUAACUGGGUACCAGGUCAGCCCGAUGACGCGCAUCAAAUGGAAGACUGCGUGCACUUAAAAUACGGUGGUCAAUGGAAUGAUGCUAAUUGUGGCAGCGAGAUGUCUUUCAUUUGUAAAAGACCUAACAAUACAGCUACACGCCCACCUACCGUUGCACCGACAGCAGGCCCGAUAAAAGGAUAUUGUGAGGCGGGAUGGUUGCAUUACAGUAGUAAAUGUUACAAAAUCUUUGAUGAGGACAAAUUGUCUUGGAAAGCUGCAAGGAAUGCCUGCUUAGCAGAGAAGACUAACGGAAGGAACGCCGACCUUGUUUCUAUUCAUUCAUCCUACGAAAAUGCCUUUCUAUUCAGCAAUAUGAAAGGAAUGUAUGCAAAGAUGUUCAUUGGGUUUAAUGAUAUUCAAACUGAAGGUAAAUUCCGUUGGUCAGAUCAAAGUAAUCCUGAUUACACUAAGUGGUAUUCAAGACAGCCUGACAAUUACUGGGGUGCUGAAGACUGCACAGAAAUCUGGCCGUUCUCUGUGCACAAAGGAAAAUGGAAUGAUGUUCCAUGCACCGGUGAACAGGGGUAUAUAUGCCAAAAAGAGAUGUCUAGUGUUCCGUUACCUACUUCAACCCCUGCCAAAAAUUCCUGUCCAGAAGGGUAUUUAAUGUACGCUGGCAACUGUUAUAGUUUCAAGAAGCAAUUGGUGACGUGGGAUGAAGCUGCUGCCGCUUGUCGCAAAGAAGAUGCCAGCUCAGAUCUUGUUAGUAUUCACAAUACGUUCGAGGCAGCGUAUGUAUUUAGUCAUAUGGCUGAGUAUGCAAAUCGUCUCUGGAUUGGCUUGCAUCGUCCACAAAACGAAACCUCAUUCAGAUGGUCAGACAAUCAGCCCCUGGACUACACAGAAUGGUCAUCGUAUCCAGCUAGGCGUAUGCUUCAUUUGCGAUCAUGCGUUCACUCUCUCUACAAUCGAAAUAAUGAUGGGUUUUGGGUUGAUAGCAACUGUACGGCAAAGUUCCCAUUUGUGUGUAAAAUAACCAAAGCUGAUCAAGAGAUCAUUCCUGAACAUCCAGGAACCUGUCCUAAAAACUGGGUGAAGUAUGAUAAGUACUGUUACUUAGUAAGCAACAACUACUAUGGCACAAGGCAAUGGUCCGAAGCACGCCAGCAGUGCUUGGACCAAGGUGCUGAUUUAGCCAGUAUUCAUAGCCCUGGUGAACAAAAUUUCCUGUACGAGGUUGCUAGCAAAGGAAGAAAAAGCUGCUGGAUUGGUCUCAAUGACAGGCAGAGAGAAAAGCACAUGGUAUGGAGCGAUGGGACUCCUCUUGAUUUUGACAACUGGGGUACGAGAGAACCAAACGACAACGCCGGGACUGAAAACUGUAUCGAAAUGGUUUAUCUCAGUGGCAGAUGGAAUGACCAGAGAUGCUCAUCGUAUCAUGGCUAUAUUUGCAAAAAGGAGUUAGGCUGUGAUACCGCGCUUGGCAUGGAAAGUAAAAACAUUACAGAUAGCCAGAUUAUUGCUUCAAGUGUGCUAGCAAACAAUUUUGCACAGAAUGCACGAUGGAACGCAAGGACGGGAUGGUGUGCUGGUAUUACCAAUCGAAAUCAAUACAUCCAGGUUGAUUUAGGCCAAAAGAAGCGUGUAACAAGAAUUGGUACGCAAGGAUAUUCCCGAAACUACGUGCUUUCGUUCCAACUGAUGUAUUCCGAUGAUGGAGUAACUUGGCAAACAUACAAAGUAGAAGGCCGCGAUGCAAUCCUUCCCGCUAACCGAGCCUCGUAUUCGUCGGAGGGUGCGACGCUUCAACCUCCUGUUGAUGCAAGAUUCCUGAAAAUUAAUCCACUAACGUGGAAGUACGCCAUUUGCAUGCGGCUGGAGUUUUUCGGAUGCAGUUUUGUUUGCUUGCAACCUCUUGGUGUAGAGUCAGGAACCAUUCGAAACGUGGAAAUGAAAGCUUCAUCCAGUGCUCUAGCCCAUGAAGCUUACGACGCAAGAUUGAGAAAGCCAAAUGGCCAAGGAUGGUGUGCUAAAUCACAGGAUGCAGACCAGUGGCUGCAGAUUCACCUCUCAUCUGCUCCAAUGACCGUUACCAAAGUGGCCACUCAAGGAGUCACGAUUGGCAAACAACAGUGUACUGUGACGUCAUACAAGCUUUUGUAUAGUGAUGAUGGAAUAACAUGGACACCAUACAAAACUUUAAAGGGGGAAAUCAGGAUAUUUAGCGGGAAUUCCUAUGCAGAAUCAGCUGCCUAUCAUUCCUUGACCCAACCAUUCACAGCCCAGUACGUGAGAUUCCAACCGUUGUCUUGGAAAAAUCAGAUUUGUUUGCGAGUGGAAGUGUUUGGAUGUCCAUAUGAGUGCGAUAAAGCUCUCGGCAUUGCAUCUGGUGUGGUACCAGAUAAGGCACUCACUGCAUCAUCGUACAUGGAGAAGCACGCCGCAUCCUUCGGAAGACUCAACAACGGGUCGUUUAACGUUGGCUCAUGGUGUGCGAACGAUAACAACCAGCACCAAUUCCUUGAGUUCGACCUUGGAGCUGAAAGCCGAGUCACCUCCAUAGCAACACAAGGUUUUGAAGCUGAUGUUUCAAAGUAUGUGACGGACUUUUGGGUGCAGUUCAGUUUAGAUGGAAAAUUUUGGAACCUGUAUCAAGUUAGUGGUGUUAUUCAGACACUUAAAGGAAACAGUGAUGGCAGAAGCGUCAGCAAAGUCAAGUUGCCAUCUUCAAUUCGUGCACGGUACAUCAGGCUAAACCCUCGCCAUUGGAAGCAAGGAAUAUGCAUGAGGGUGGAACUAUAUGGUUGUGCGCUAAAACCAAUAGUGUACCCAACUGAUGCACCAGAACCAAAGAAAACCGUCGUUAAGGGAAAAAUAAGACUCACGGAGGAGAAAUACAAAGAGGAGUACAAAAUUAAAAGCAGCCCUGCUUACAAAGCUCUGGCAGAUAGAGUUGAAACUGCGAUAAUGCAGUUGUAUCAAAGCGAUUAUUCGUUCAAAGAUGGGUUUUUCGGAGUGCAAGUAACAAGUCUCGAGCCUGGCAGCGUCGUUGCUGUAUUCUUAAUCAUAUUCAAAACCAACAAUAAAAAUGCUACUUGGCCAUUGAAAAAUGCCGUUGCUAAAGGAAAAAUUGGAGAUUUUGUUGUGGAUAAAAACUCUUUAGAUCUAAAAGAAGUUGACGAAGGAUCGAAAGGAAAGGCGACAAGCAUUGUUAAAAAAGAAGGACUGACAACUGGUGGAAAAGCUGCCUUAAUUGUGAUAUUCCUCCUGAUGAUUAUUGCGAUCGUUGUUGGUGGAUUAAUAUACUACUUCAGAAAGAAGAAAGGAGGAAAGCAAUUUAAUCCACAAAGAUUUGAUAAUUUUGAAAACCCUUCAUAUUCUGCUGCUGCUGAGCGAAUAGGAAAUCUACCAGCUGAGAAUUAGCCUUGUCAAUGCGAUUUAUUUAUAAAUGAUUAGAGCUUCAUUGUCACUAGUUCCCUCUAUUUUUGAAACAUCAAAUUUUUAAUAUUGUAAGGAUAAAUAAUUUUUAUUACGGUUGGAAUUUAGACAGCUCUUAUCAGUGAGUUUUAUUUUUCAGAUUAAUUUAUAGAUCUUUUUACAUUGAAAACUUCGAAAGUGGCCUUAAUCCAUUUUAUGAUUUUCCCCUUAAUUUGGAUAGCUAGUUUGUUCAGUUUUCCCCUGUUUUCGUUAAGUUGAUUUAUUGAAGUUAAUUUUAUUUUUCAGGCUAUUUUUGUAGGAUACUUUGUUUAUUCUUGUUAAUUAUAUUGGCGUCCGGUAUUAAGUAUGCACUUCUCUUAAGCACUCUUCUCAAGCACCCUUCUUAAGCACCCUUCUCAAGCAGUCUCCUAAAGAGGAGAGGGUCUGCUCAAGGGACUCGUGUGCAAGAAAUUUUCAUAUCAUCGAUUUGGAUGAUAAAGCCCCUCAAUCUAUAUGUUUGCGAAAAAAUUGAUCGAGGUUAGAAAAUAUGUUUUAUUUUCCAAAAAAUUACAUAAGGUAAUUAUUAUUUUUGGUAGCUAAAAACUCGGUAUCGUUUCAUUACAUUUUUCGCGGUAGCUAAAAAAGUCAAUAUAGCUGCUUUAUGUCUCGGAAUGCAACUAGUAGUUGUGGUAUUGAGGUCAUUGUGUGUCAACUGAUUUUCAGUCUAUGUAGUCGCAUGGCAAGUAGGCUAGUUGAGUUUUGAUCGUGGAAUGACCGCUGUUGUGUAGGAAAUCGUCGUCUCUUUUUCUCGUAUGUCUUUUCAGCAAAAGUAUCAGCAAAGGGUAAGGGAAAAUUUUCCCGAAACUUUACAGGGUCCGCGCCAAGCUUUUUAAGCAAGGCUUUUGCUUACAGUAUAAAAACCCAACUUCAAAUCCAUGGGCGAAUUCUAGUUAAGCCUUCUUUUAAAAUUGCUGGGCGAGGAAAUUUGUUUGACGUCAAAAGGCAAUUUAUUGCAGGUCUUUGAACCACGUUUAUGCUCUAUGCGUCCAGCCUGCUAUUGAUUCUCUCUCUCUCUUCUCCUUUUCGAAUUCCACUUAACUGCAUCCCCCUUCUUCUAAGGUUAGGUAAUUGAAUGAAGCAGACUCUCUAGUAAUAAGCAAUAACGAGUAUUGAAUUUUGGGUUUGAAAUAAUUAUAUGCCUUGCCAUGCAUUUGAUAGCUUAUAUUAGUGGUGCUGCAUCAUUUCUUUAAUACAACAUCAUUUUGUUUUGUUUCUACCGUAGUAGAUUUUGUAGUUAUUAUUGCAAAGAAUUAGAAUUAUGAUUUUAAAGUUAAUAUGAAACUGUAUGUACAGUUGAUAGCGAAAGAAA